UGCAGGGUUCAAUUUCUCUAUAGAAAAGAAAAACCUAAAACAACAUCGCUGUCUGUCAGUUCCCCUCCCAGUUGUGUUCUGCUCUCUUUCUCUCUCUCUCUCUCUCUCUCUCUCCAUUCUGAAACCUGUCAUCGUGAAUGUGAGAGAAAUCAGAAGAGACUCCCACCCAACACAACCCCCGCUCUCUCUCUCUCUUCCUCUUCAGAGUUCAUUUGUUUCAUAAACCGGCCAACGUUUGUAAUCACACACAAUAUAUACAUAUAUAUAUAUAUACACUGUUGGUUCUUCUUGCUUGUACACACACAUACAUAUGCACCCAUAAUUAAGAUUGAUCCUCGAACGUCGUCAUCCAAUGGCGUUCCCACCACCAGCAGGGAAUUUCAUGUUUCACCACCACUAUGAAGAUCAUCAUCAUCACCACCAAGACCAGCAGCUCCCUUGCACCUCCCUCAACUCCUCUCUCAACAACAACAUCCCUUCUCCACCUUUCCCCGGUAAUAAUCAUGUGCCGUACAUGAUGAGGAGGUCUGUGUCGUUCUCUGGGAUCGACCACCACCACCAGAAGUGCGAGGACGGCAGUGGGCCUGGGGACGAUGACCUAUCAGACGAUGCGUCCCAGCUUGGGGAGAAGAAGAAGAGGCUGAAUCUGGAGCAGGUGAAGGCGCUCGAGAAGAGCUUCGAGCUGGGGAACAAGCUUGAGCCUGAGAGGAAGCUGCAGCUAGCGAGGGCAUUGGGCCUCCAGCCUAGGCAAAUCGCGAUAUGGUUCCAGAACAGGCGGGCCCGAUGGAAGACCAAGCAGCUGGAGAGGGACUACGAGGUGCUGAAGAAACAGUGUGAUGCUCUCAAGGCUGAUAAUGAGAACCUCCAAGCUCAAAAUGAGAAACUCCAUAACGAGUUGUUGGCUCUAAAGAGAAGGAACACAACGGAAGCGCCAAGCAUGAAGAGGGAAAUUGACCAGGGAUCUUGGGGCAACAAUGAAAGCUGCGAAAACAGUUCGGAGAUCAACUUAGAUUUAUCUAGGACAUCGGUGAUGAGCAGCCCUAUCUCCUCCUCCCACUUAAGUAAUUCGAAGCACGCAUUACCUCCAUCAUCAAGGCCUCUGAACCUGCCUAGACCUGACCUCCAACACUGCUUGAAGAUGGAUCACCCGAUUGUCCAAGAGGAGAACCUGAUCUGCAACAUGUUCAAUGGCAUCGACGACCACCAGAACUUCUGGUCAUGGGGUGCUGCGACGGAGCAACACCAAUUCAACUGAUACUCGAGGCAUUAUGUCUGUAUUCUUUUGCCUUUUUGUCGCUUUGAUUAUUAUGUCAUGUCGUAUCAUUUCGGGAGGGUGGGAUAGAAGUUAAAUUAUUGAGGAGGGGGGGUACGAGUGUAUAGCAGUGAAUAUUGUCUUUGCUUCAAUCAAUUUCAGUUGGGCAGAGAAAAUAUCAGCCUUAGAUA